AUGGCUGCGCCAUUGACGCCGACUCCAAGUGCGGCAUUGAAUUACUCGACGCCGACGGAGCUGCGCCACGAGCCGUUCAACGGCCGGAAAGCAGCCGACAGGACAGAGAACCACCACACCGAUGACGACGGCGACAUCAACAACAGCAGCGGUAACAGCCACAACAACAGCUCCCCGUUCCGCCCGCAUCUGCGCGAGGAGGUGACUUCGCCCACACCGCGCGGCGGUCCCUCACCGCCCAAAGCCGCCCGACCCGGAUCCCGUAUCAUCACAGGCAACGAACUCUCACCGCUCAAGAUCCUACAGCAGAACCAGAUCCAGGCCGCAGCACACCAGCAACAACAACAACACUCGCGGAACUCGUCGCAAUCGCCCCCGCGCUCGGCUGCGUCGGUCUCGCCCCCUGCGAAGAACAUGUCGCUGCCGCCACAGAGCCCGCGGAAGACGGGUCCGCCAAUCAAGCGGUUCCCUGUCAAGGUGAGCCCGCUUAGUGCGGGCCGGAGCGAGUCGCCGCGGCGUUCGGUGGAGAAUGAACGUCGGUCGUCGGUGGUUGAGCGCCGGCCUAGUUUGGCGAGCGUCCCGGAGACGGUGCCGGAGAAUGAAGAGGGGCGGUUUGCGAAGCAUGUUAUUGAUAUCUUUGAGGAUGAUGAUGUCGAUAUGGACGAUCACCACAACGGCCAUAAUGGCGUUGGUAUGAUGGAGGAGAUUGAUGAGGAUGGGGACCACGCGAUGUCUAUGGGCCAUGAUACGAGGAGUCACCAGCACCAACGACAGCACGACGAAGAGCAACAACACGAGCAGAGUCACACGAUGCAUGACGAGGACUAUUCAGCGGCUGACGACACGAUGAUGAGCACGUUCAGCACAUUCUCGACGGUGCCGAAUCUCACAAUGCUAGCGCAGAUGCGCAGCGACAGCCCGACCAAGUUUUCGGGGGCCACUCCGCGCGCUGGUAGCGGCCCAGCACCGUUGCGGACCCCCCGGGCGAACGGUGGCUCGUCGGCCUACGACAGUAGCAGCAACUCGACGACCAACCUGAUGGAUUUCACCGAACAGAUGCGUUCCGGCGGGUACGGGGUUCAACAGACGCCGUCUCGCCGCGUGCCGCAGACGCCGCGGACCGCGAGAGGGCCCGGUGGCCAUAAUAACGAUAACAUGGUGGCGGCCACGCCGCAACGCAAUAACCUAGCGAACCUGCUCGACUUCGACAUCCCGCCGGCGCCGACACCGCGCAGCAUCCCGACCAUCACGCCGCGGGAGCUGGAGUCGCUCAAGUCCGGGUUCCUCUCGGAAAUCAGCAGCCUCAAGGCAUCGCUCAGCGGCAAGGAGGCCGAAGUGCUGUCACUCAAGACGGCAGUUGGGGACGCAGAGAAGCGGGUGGGCGAGUGCAUGGAGCAGCUGCGCGAGGUGGAAGGGGUCCAGGAGGCCCUGCAGACCGAGAAAGACAGCUGGGAGCGGCGCGGGCGCGAGAUGGAGACGGUGCUGCGCAAGGUGAAGGAAGAAAUCGGCAACAGCCAGCGCGAGCGUGAGGAACUCGAGUUUAAGCUGGACGAGGCCGAGAAGCGGCGCGAGGCAGCCGAGAUGAUGGCCCAGGAUGCCGAAAGCAAGAUGGCGGGCAUGCGGGCGGGCAAGGCCAGCGCGGAAGCCGCGGCAGCGGCCGCAGGUGGCGAGACCCGAUCGCUGAUCUCGACUAAUAAGGAGGUCGAGAACGCGGUCGAGCGGGCGGCCCGCGACCUGCACGCGCUGUACAAGAGCAAGCACGAGACCAAAGUCGCCGCGCUCAAGAAGAGCUACGAGAACCGCUGGGACAAGCGGGUGCGCGAGCUGCAGCGGCAGGUGAACGAGCUGACACAGGCCAACGACGACCUCCGGCGCAACCACGGCUCCCAGCAGCAGCGGAUCGACCCGGCGCGGCUGGCGGAACUCGAAGAGGAGCGCCGAGCCGAUAAAGCGCGCAACGCGGCGCAGAUCCGGGAGCUCGAGGCCGAGGUUGAGAAGGUCGAGGCGGUCCUCAAGACGGUGCAGGCGGACAAUGCCGACUUGCGCGUGCUGCUAGAGCGGGAGCGCGUUGAGAAGGGUGAAUUGGUUCAGCUAGCUGAGGAGAUGAUGAAUAUGCAGAGCAUGCAGAGCUUUGUUGCUGCGUCUGAGGAGCCUGAGCCCCAGCCGCAGGCGCAUCAUCAAACGCAGCAGGUGCAUCAUACCCCCGCACCCGCGAGCACAGCGAAGACGCCCAAUAGGAGACAAUCCACCCACAACAACACCUCCCGAACCCCCGGUACCGGCCUCAGCCACGGCCUAGGCCCAGGCCCGGCGGGGGGCAACUCCUUCCGCAUGUCCACAGGCCCCAACAGUUUCCGUGCCUCGGGUCUACGGGCCCCUGGGUCGUCGGGGAUUGGUAUGGGUCUUGGUGGGGGUGCUAGUGGGAUUGGCAAACCUUCGGGGAUUGGAAGGGGUCCGCAUGAGAGGACGAAGAGUGCGGCUGUUAUGGGGAGUCAUGGUGCCGGUGGGGGACUGGUCAGGCUGGUCAUGGUCAGACUGUAUGAGUGA